AUGUAUCAUCCAACGAUGAAAUUCUUCCUCGCUCUUUUUGCGAUGCUCGCCUUCGCAUCCGCCACAGACAUCGCCCAACAAUGCUCCGCCAAAAACCCGUUCGUAACCAACGCCAUCGGCAAAUUCUGCCAGAAUAAAGCCCUCCUCGUCCCAUCCGACUACGCAAGCCGAGGAAUGGAGGGUAAAUAUCAAUACGCAAACGUGAUGAUUCUCGGUAAGGCCCUUCACCAUCAACCUCUUGUUUUAUUCGCUGACGGUGAUCUAGGUACCUGUAGUCCACCCCAAUGGGUCCCACAGGAGUACUGUAUGAGCCAGUUGUAUGAUAUCUGCGCCAAGGGCGACAAGUUCGGAGAGGGUAAUGCGAGAUUCGGGAGGAAUAAAUGUCAGGAAUGGAGGAUUGUGGCUAGUAACAAUGGGAAGCAGGCGAAUGUUGGGAAGCCGAAUUAG